UGACAUAAAAUUGUAAACUCAGCUGCGUUACAUUGUCAAAGUCAUUCUCCGAAGACAUUCAGCGUCCAGCAUGCUGGCUCUAUGGAUACUGUUUUUCGUCGCCGCGUUUCACGUGGGGACCGUCUCGACCAUCGUUAACUGCAAGAUGGCGCGUCAGAUGUGCGUCAACCACCCCAACUGUCACUCCAUCACCACGCUGAUCCCGCGCCUCUGCGGCCAGGAGCUCGUGGCCUGCUCGACGGUGACGGUGACCAAGUGUACGGCGGCGCUGCGGACUCUGGUGGCCUUCCAGUUCUUCCAGCCCACGUGUCUGUGCAAGGAGCCGCGCAUCGACCCCGAGUGUAACAAGUAUCGUAACCUGGUGUUCGACCAUCCGUGCUACACCGUCAAACAAAAAGACAAGGACCCGUACCCGGUGCACGCAUUGCCCACGUGCGGGUAUGCGUUGGACGCGUGCCGCCGGCAGGCGCACUGUUCGCGGCUAUACGACAACUUCAUCAACUCGUGCGACUUCAGGGACAACCGAUGUCUGAUGACAAACAGCCGCGCCUGCUACAACGCCUGGAACCAGCUGCGUCUGAGCCCGGUGUUCGGCUGCAUCUGCCCAGACAGCACAGCAGCGUGCCAGCAGAUAUUUGACCUGGUCCACCGGAACCCCUGUGUCGACUGA